CAACUUAAGAGCGCCCACUCCGCUACCUUGGAUCGUCGGAUUCUCUGUUCCAGCAAGACCUGCGCAAGUCGAACAACUCGACUCAGCUCUGCUCGUCUCACCGCAAAAAUGUCAAAUGGGAGCUUCACCCUGCACACAGAGCACGGGCUCAUCAGCGUGAGCGACACAGCGCUAAAAAGUGACGCACCCGCCCUCCUCCUCAUCCACGGCAAUUCCUCGAGUUCUAAAAUCUGGAGGCACAUCCAGGCCAGCAAACGCAUAACAGAGCGAUACCGAGUCGUAGCGUUCGAUCUCCCAGGCCACGGCGCGAGCGGGAACGCCCCAUACCCCAACCAAUCGUACUCUAUGAGGGGCUACGCUGACCUGGCUGUCUACAUUCUCGAGCACCUGUGCAUCAAGAGCGUCGUAGUCAUCGGCUGGAGCCUCGGCGGCCACACCGGCAUCGAGAUGAUUCCGCUGCUUCCCUCGCAUGAUAUCAGCAUGAAGGGCCUCAUGCUCAUCGGCACGCCGCCUGCGCUCGGGAAAGAGCAGAUAAAUCGCGGCUUCAUGUUCAAGGACCCACAUUUAUCCUUCUCCGCACAGCUGCACUGGACGCUCGACGAAGCGAAAGACUUUUCAAGGACCUCGGCCGGCGAGCCGUUCGAGCAGUGGAUGGAGGAAUGCGCUAUCCGGACGGAUGGGAAGUCGCGUCUGCUCAUGUGGAGGAAGUUGGCUGAUGGCGUGGGCCUGGAUCAGCGGAAGACGGUGGAAGAGGACCGCGAUGUGUUGAUCGCAGUGGUCAAUGGCGGCGCGGAGCCGUAUGUCAACCUAGAUUACCUGGACGAGAUUGCGUGGGGGAAGCUGUGGAAGGGGAAGUGCUUGCGCUUGGAAGGGCUGAAGCAUGCGCCGUUCUGGGAGAGGCCGACCAUGUUCGAGGAGAUACUGGAGGAGUUCUUGGAGGAUUGUGCGAAGGCGUAGGCCGAGGAAACUCCCUGGGAGUGAUUGGGGGCUGUGAGGAGUAAUUAGUGAGUACAAAUCCAGCCACCCCAUUCUUUUGCCGCCUUAUGCGCUCCAGGACCACGGAGAGCACUUGGAUCACU